GGUUUAUUUGGCUUGUGUGGGGGCAAUUAGCACAGGGACGGAUGGGAAGAAACAAGUGCGAACUGAGCCCAAACAGAGAGGCGCAUUGAAGUUAUGAGGUUUAGAGUACUAUUGUAACAGUUAUUGGAGAAAUAGAAUUAGGUGAUCCACCGUUCUAUUUAACUAACUUGCUGGUGUGAGUCUUUCUGACUGUUCCUGGCUAUGUGGAAAUACGGUUUAUUGGUGCUAUUGGGCGCUGUGUUCGUGCGUGCGCAGUUUCCAAGAGAAUGUGUGACUCCAGAGGGACUUCGGAGUGGUCAGUGUUGUCCAUCCCCGUUUGGGGUGGCGAAUGAUGCCUGCGGAUCCACCACAGGACGUGGACAGUGCAUUUCGAUAGCUGUAGACGCAAGACCACACGGUCCCCAGUACCCCCACGACGGACGGGAUGACCGGGAACGUUGGCCCAUCCGCUACUUCAACCGAACCUGCCAGUGCAACAGGAAUUUCACGGGUUAUAACUGUGGCCGUUGCAGGCAUGGUUUGGCCGGGAUUAACUGUGACCAACCGGUUUCUGUUGUACGGAGAAACGUGAUGCAGCUCAGUACGGAUCAGAAGCGAGCUUUUGUGACCGCGCUAGACCAGGCCAAACGCACCGUACACCCAGACAUUGUGAUCGCAACACGCCGUUACCAGGAGAUCUUAGGUCCAGAUGGAAACACACCGCAGUUUGAAAACAUCACUAUUUACAAUUACUUUGUUUGGACCCACUACUAUUCGGUCAGCAAGACCUUCUUAGGGGUUGGCCAGACGAGCUUUGGCGGAGUCGACUUCUCCCAUGAAGGUCCCGGUUUUGUGACUUGGCACAGGUUUCACCUUCUCCAACUUGAGCGCGAUAUGCAGGAUAUGUUGCAAGACCCAUCCUUUGCUUUGCCAUACUGGAACUUUGCCAUUGGUGGAAACACCUGUGACAUCUGCACAGAUGAUCUAUUGGGAGCCAGGAGCAACCUAGAUAUUAAUUCCAUCAGCAGCAACUCUAUCUUCUCCAACUGGAGAGUGAUCUGCGAGAGUGUGGAGGACUAUGAUACAUUGGGCACCAUCUGCAACAGCACUGAGACCAACCCAAUCAGGAGGAAUCCAGCUGGUAAUGUGGCCCGCCCCAUGGUGCAGCGUCUCCCAGAGCCGAAGGACGUAGCCGACUGCCUGCAGGUGAACACCUUCGACACCCCGCCCUACUACUCCACCUCCUCGGAGAGCUUCAGGAACACAAUUGAGGGCUACAGCGCUCCCCAGGGAAACUACGACCCAGUGGUACGGAGCCUCCACAACCUGGCCCACCUGUUUCUGAACGGGACCGGGGGACAGACGCAUCUCUCGCCCAACGACCCCAUCUUUGUGCUGCUCCACACUUUCACCGAUGCCAUAUUUGAUGAGUGGCUCAGGAGGCACGCCCCUGGUUCGGCAGUCUACCCUUUGGAAAAUGCCCCAAUCGGUCACAACAGAGGGUACAACAUGGUUCCUUUCUGGCCUCCAGUGACCAAUGCCGAGAUGUUCGUUACUGCACCUGAAAACCUUGGCUACUCCUAUGAGGCUGAAUGGCCAGCUGUUCCUUUCACUCUGACUGAGAUCAUCACCAUUGCCAUCGUGGCGGCCCUGGUCGUUGUGGCUGUAAUCUUCGCCGCCACCACAUGUGCCGUGCGAAACCGAUCCUAUAGCAAAGCGGAGGGCCGCCAGCCCUUGCUGGGCGAGCAGUACCAGCGCUACGAUGACGACAAAGGUCAAUCCGUGGUCUGAGCUGAUUGUAUGAAUACAGAGUGAUGUACAUUAGGGCACGCUUUUUGCAAUAAACAUUACACAACCCGAAGAUGUUGUGCCAAGUUCAGCUUCAUGUAUUUUCAUACUUUUGUAACGUUUGAAGAUUAUGUAAUUAUGUUUAAUGUUUUUUUGAAUUUAAAUUGAGUUUAAAGAGCUGUAGAAUGUGCAUCACAGUGUGUGUGACCAGCCAAAUAUUGGCGAUGGGGGGUAGCAGUGUAAGUUGAAUUAAGUGUUUUAAUGCUGGUCUGGAACAAAAACCUGCACUCUGUGCUCCUCUCAUGACUGCUGUAGUGUCUAUGUGUUAAAUAUGGAAUCUUUAUGACUUUAUUACUCUUUCAACUAUUACUACAUCCCAGAGUGUCUGGAGUAUGAUGAUGGUUUGCUUUGAAUAUGUAAACAUGUACCAAUUUAAUGUAAUUGCUUCAUGUUCAAAACUUGUAAUUUGAUUAAACAUGUCAGGUGAUUAAAGUGAAUAAACGUUUUAAAAUGU